AUGCCUGCAGAGAAUGUACCAGAACCGACAAAGACCAACGGUGUGACGAAUGGGGGGGAGAUCAUCACUGAAGUAGAGGAUGAGGAGGACGAUCUCAGGUACUGAGGAGUAGUAGCCUAUUGAUUAGGAUUGCCUAUCACCCCUUUUAAUCUAUUCAAUGUCAAAUUAUACAUAAUGAUUUAGGGUUAUUGGUGAGGUCCUCUGUAGCUCAGCUGGUAGAGCACGGCGCUUGUAACGCCAAGGUAGUGGGUUCGAUCCCCGGGACCACCCAUACACAAAACAAAAAAAUGUAUGCACGCAUGACUGUAAGUCGCUUUGGAUAAAAAGCGUCUGCUAAAUGGCAUAUUAUUAUAUUAUUAGGUGGUCAGGGAAAACCUGGGGCCCUAAUAACAACAAUUGGAAGUUUGGUAUGAUAAUGAGUAACAAGGAGUUGGUAUGAUAAUGAGUAACAAGGAGUUGGUAUGAUAAUGAGUAACAAGGAGUUGGUAUGAUAAUGAGUAACAAGGAGUUGGUAUGAUAAUGAGUAACAAGGAGUUGGUAUGAUAAUGAGUAACAAGGAGUUGGUAUGAUAAUGAGUAACAAGGAGUUGGUAUGAUAAUGAGUAACAAGGAGUUGGCAUGAUGGUAUAUAAACAUAGGCUAUGUUUACAUGCUCUUAGCAGUGCAUAGUUUUCACCUGUUCUUUGUAUCUGUUUCACUCCAUGUCUUCCCCAACCUGCAUAGUGAUAUAGGACUUCAUUAUUUUAUGACCAAGAGUGUCAGCUUGCAUGUCUUUACCUGUGAAUGAUUUCAUAUUUUUUUACUAUGUGACUGUCUGUUGUUCCUCCAUCGGUUCUUCACCUCCCCAGUCCAGAUGACCUGUCAGAGUUGCUAGCAGAGGGAACAAAGGAGUCCCACGACAGAGCAGAGAACUGCCAGUUUGUGAAAGACUUCCUCAGGGGACGCAUCCAAAGAGAACUGUUUAAGGUCAGUCUGUAGGGCUGGGCAAGAAUGGGUUAACUGACAGGCCCAGACAAACCAUCUUACACAUUGACCCCUGCUCAAAUUCAUUUAAACUAUUCAUUUAUUCAGUCAAUUGGUUGAGUUGGAUUAGAACGCAGCAUUGAAAUAGUGCUACUGUAUAUGUCAUAUUAGCAUAUUUCACUUGAUGCCUUAGUCAGUUCUAUUCCUGAAUAGACUAGAACUGAACUGAAUAUCACCUGCAUUUCUCUCUUCCUGUGAGUUAAUAGUUCACCUCUCUCUCUCUCUCUCCUACCCUCUCUAUCUCCCUCUCUCUCCCCCUCCACUCCACUCCUCUCUCCAGCGGGGCACAGCUGCCCUCUACUUUGUGUAUACUGCCAUGGAGGAGGAGAUAGAGAGGAACAGGGACCACCCCCAGUUUGCCCCCAUCUACUUCCCCACUGAGCUGCACCGACGUGAGGCUCUGGCCCAAGACCUGGAGUACUUCUAUGGAGAAGACUGGGAGAACCAGGUGCAGCCAGAAGAGGGCGGGCCCCGGUCACCCCUCUGAGCCAGGUUCCUAUCUGGUGCCUGGUUCACACUAUAGGGCUGACCCGAACCGCACUGUGCUGGUAGUGCACAGUUACAGUAACUAUGGUGGACGUGUAACCAGGCCAACCCAGUACAGCUCGGCUUGACUUGGUUUGACCUUAUAGUGUGAAUCAGUCUUCGGUUUCUUCCUUCUAGGGAGUUUAUUUCAAGCCUAUGUGCCUCUGCUUCUGCUUCUGCUUGCUCAUUGGGGUCUAGGCUGGGUAACUUUGAUUGAUUAAGUGAAUUAUUGAUUGAUUGAACCAGGUCACCUGCUCCCCGGGCACCCAGCCAUACGUAGACCGCAUCCACGAAGUGGGACGUGAAGACCCGGUCCUGCUGGUGGCCCACUCCUACACCCGCUACAUGGGUGACCUCUCUGGGGGUCAGAUCCUUAAGAAGGUACAUAAAAUGGUUUAUUUCACACUUAUAUCGAUACAACUGCCACAAUGAUGCACUUGGGCAGUUUACAACACAGAAACUGAAUUGCAGUCCACAAUAACGUUUAUAUGACAUUGUAUUAGCUUUGAGAUAAGGUUUAUACUCAACAAAACGUGAUUUCAGUUCAUCUUUAAAAUAAUAAAAACAUUUUAAACAUAUCAGUGUAAGCAUUUUCCAAUUGAUUCUAAUUCAUUCAUUCUAAUUAACCCUAUUCUAAUGAAGGUGGCACAGCGGGCGCUGAAGCUGCCCUCUAGUGGCGAGGGGCUGCACUUCUACCAGUUUGAGGGCAUCCACAGCGCCAAGGCCUUUAAACAGCUGUACAGGAGCAGGAUGAACGAGCUGGAGAUGGACCAGGAGACCAAGGAGAGGAUCAUAGCCGAGUCUAACCUGGCCUUCAAGUUCAACAUGGAGGUAAGAUAUUAUUGAUUAGGGUGGAUUUCAUUAGCCUCGUUCGACCAGUCUGAUCUCGCAAACUUACAUUCUGUUUAGCUUCACACAGUUUAGUCAGGAUGGUGGAUCAGGCUAUGAUUUCAUGAUGCUAGUAGUGAUCUACCACAUAUAGUACUGACAUAUGUUAGGUAUCCUAACAGCUGUCUUGUGGUUAACGUAACAGCUGUUUUGAGCUUGAAGAACACUGAUAUGAAGCCAUAACACUUGAUAAGGGUAAUAUAAAUGAUGUGAACGGGUUUGGGAACAUGGUUAGUCCUUUUAAACAUCACACUCAUAAAAUGUAUGCCGGAAUUUGUCGUGUGAUGCUGAUUUAAUGUUGUUGGAUAUUUACCUGUCCCCAGGUGUUCACAGAGCUGGAGGAGGUAGGGAAGAACAUCAAGGAGGAGGUGUUGGACGCAGGGUUCCCAGGACAUGGUCAUGGGGACAUGGUCGGAGACGUUAACAAGUGCCCUUACUACGCUGCCAAAAUGGGUAAACUGCCUGCCGGAACUUCUCACACUUUAAGAUCUCCUUUUUCUGUGUUUGGCAUCAAUUAGACAUGUCAAGUCAUAUGACAACACAUUUGGUACUAACAGUAGUAACAGAAUGAAGUCACAAUGCCAACUUUCACUCAAUAUUGGUCAUAGACAUUAAAAUAUGUACGACUGAAUUAUUAUCCUUCUCUUUCUUCUCCUCCCCCUCCUCUUCCUCCUCUUCCUCCUCUCGCUCUCUAGUGGCCAGUGGCAACACUAACUUUGCCUGUCAGUUAGCCAUGCUGCUGCUGAGGCAUCCUGCUGGUCAGAUGGUUCUGGCCAGCUGGGCGGCUGCUGUCGCCGGAUUGGCUGCCUGGUACCUCAUGUGAUCUAUCACGGACAGAUUCAGCCAAUCGUAUGUUUUAAAGGACGGAAGACUCAACAAGGAAAGGGUGGACUUUUGGAGGAGAAUGGCCAAGCUUUGUCUACAUUUAGGAACUUCUGCCCUCCCUCAAUCCUUUUCAUCCUUUGUUUCUCUCACUCCCUUCGUUGCUGUGUUGAUACCACCUGG